GAGUGCACACACGCGUACAGUCAAAGCAGCAUCUGCAAAUCAGUUGAUAGAGGUCACAUCUCCCGAUAAUUUCUCAUCACGUCUCUAAUAGCAUCGACACGAUUGAUCAGUCAUUUCUCGGCUGCUGGCUAAAGAGCUCGAUUAAUUCGAAACACAUACUCGUCGAACAUGAUUCGUCCCUGUAACUACGGUGCGAUAAUAUACUCGAUCUGCUUCGUCCUCGUGAUAUCCUCGGCAGUGGAUCACAGUGGUGAGGCCGACGAUCUGAAGAAAGUCCUUUCCGAGUUGGAGAAGGUCUCGUCGCUCUUGCAAAGCGUCAACAGCAUCAACGACAGACUGAUUAACAACCUACGCGUCAACGCGACGCGUUACCUCAGGAGCAACAGCCCCGAAUUGCUGAGGAAGCGAGGCUACACCUGCACCAGUGGCAUCGGGUGGCACAAGCUCUACCUGGCCAACCUCACCUGGAACGAAGCGAGGAAAGCCUGUCGUCGGGACGACGCUCACCUCGCCGUCCUCAAUUCGCCGAACGAGGCUAAGGCACUGAGAAGCUCGCUGCUUGGAAAUUACCAGUUUAGUGCUUACAUCGGCAUCCAUAAUCAAUUUAAAGAAGAUGAAUGGGUGACUGUAUUUGGCGAUCCCCUCAGCGAAACUGGCUAUAAUCGAUGGAGCGUAGGACCGCCGAAAAUUUCCGAGGCAAACUGCGGGGUGUUGUUUGAGGAUGGUAAAUUGCUUGGGAUUCCUUGCCACGUUGAACGAUCCUACUUUUGCGAAAUUCCUGGAAUGCCGACGAGCUGCCUAGUCGAAUAAAUUGAACCGAUAUUUUAUAAGAGAGUGAGAGAGGGAGAGAGAGAGAGCUUUUGCGUAAUAUUCUUCCUGAAUUAUGCUCCCGUCACACUUCCCUUCCCUGAUACUGCUGAGAUUUUCUCUCCCUCGGUUCUCCCCCACGACAUCAUAGUGUUUAUUGGCGACGAUCAGCAUUCGAUAUUUCUCUUUGUGACCAACGGGUACAUAAGCGCGUAUGACUAAGGCUCGAUAUAAUGUAAACUUUGACCUUUUCGCUCGUUUAUAAAAAUACACCGAGUGAGUUGACAACGACUAGUUGCAAAGUGUCAUUCGCGACGACAACAUGUCACUACCUACGCGUUACUGCAUCGCUCUGUGCUUCGGGGCUCUGUUUUCGAUAGCCCUGGCAAUCGAGGUGGUCGACAACGUCGGCAUCACGACCGAGCGGCCGGUAUUCCUCUCGGAUUUCGAUAGAAUUAUAACCAGAAUGGAGUCGACGAACGGCAGAAUCGCCAAGGUUCUCAACGAAACCAGGCAGAACGACGUGAAAUCGCUUCACGAGCUUCUGAUCGGCAGGGGCUAUCAACACACGGCCGAAGUCGGAUAUCACAAGUUGUACAGCAAGCAAUUAUCUUGGUACGAUGCUUUGCAACGCUGUCGCAUGGAAGACGCUCAUCUCGCUAUUAUCGAUUCUUCCGCCGAAGCUGUGGUGAUAUCGAAGCUAGUCAAAGAGAAACUGCCAGCCGUAUCGGAUGAGAAAUCCGUCGCCUACGUCGGCUACCACGACUAUUGCGCAAACGGUUGGAUAGACGUAUUUUUCAAGCCUCUCGGCAAUGACAACGACUACGUUCACUGGAAACAAGGUGCUCCGCAGUCGACGGCUGGACCAAAGUGUGCUACGAUCGACGGCGACGAGUAUCUUCGCAGUUCCAGGUGCACCGCGGAACGAGCUUUUAUCUGCGAGACGAAACUGCCGAAUUUCUCCAAAGUGUACUAGCACAAGCUCUUAGACUCUGUAGAUAGUAAUGGAAUAAGCCAGUCGUCGCCGAAGUGACUAAUUUUUUAAUCAACGAUAACCUCCGACACUCGUGACCCGAGAUAACGCGCAUGUUCUGAUAUCACGAAAAAAACAAAGUAUCUAGAAUAAAACCGCUUAUCAGCAAUCUUCUCGCCAGUAAA